GGCGGCCGCUAGGCGCACCCCGCCAGGAUGUUCGCCGCCGGGCUGGCUCCCUUCUACGCCUCCAACUUCAGCCUCUGGUCAGCCGCUUACUGCUCUUCGGCCGGCCCGGGCGGCUGCUCCUUCCCCUUAGACCCUGCCGCGGUCAAGAAGCCCUCUUUCUGCAUCGCGGACAUCCUGCACGCCGGCGUGGGGGAACCGGGGGCGGCCCCGGAGGGCCUGGCGGGAGCCUCGGCCGCCGCCCUCACCGCGCACUUGGGCUCGGCUCACCCGCACGCCUCUUUCCAAGCUGCCGCCAGGUCCCCGCUCCGACCCACCCCGGUGGUGGCGCCCUCCGAAGUCCCGGCUGGCUUCCCGCAGCGGUUGUCCCCGCUCUCAGCCGCCUACCACCACCAUCACCCACAGCAGCAGCAGCAGCAGCAGCAGCAGCAACAACCUCAGCAGCAACAGCCUCCGCCUCCGCCCCGGGCCGGCGCCUUGCAGCCCCCGGCCUCCGGAACACGGGUGGUCCCGAACCCCCACCACAGCGGCUCGGCCCCAGCCCCCUCCAGCAAGGACCUCAAAUUUGGAAUUGACCGUAUUUUGUCUGCAGAAUUUGACCCAAAAGUCAAGGAAGGCAACACGUUAAGAGAUCUCACGUCCCUGCUCACGGGCGGGCGGCCCGCAGGGCUGCCUCUCCCCAGCCUGCAGCCCUCCGCCGGCCAGCUGUUCGCGUCUCUAGACCCCAUUAACGAGGCCUCCGCUAUCCUCAGUCCCUUAAGCUCCAACCCGAGAAAUUCAGUUCAGCAUCAGUUUCAGGACACGUUUCCAGGCCCCUAUGCUGUGCUCACGAAGGACACUAUGCCCCAGACGUACAAGAGGAAGCGCUCAUGGUCCCGGGCGGUCUUCUCCAACCUGCAGAGGAAAGGUCUGGAGAAGAGGUUUGAGAUUCAGAAGUAUGUGACCAAGCCUGACCGAAAGCAGCUGGCAGCGAUGCUGGGCCUCACCGACGCACAGGUGAAGGUGUGGUUCCAGAACCGGCGGAUGAAGUGGCGGCACUCCAAGGAGGCCCAGGCCCAGAAGGACAAAGACAAGGAGGCAGACGAGAAGCCGGCAGGCGGAGCCCCGGCUGCGGACGGUGAGCAGGAGGAGCAGAGCCCCAGCCGCUCGGAGGGGGAGGCCGAGAGCGACAGCAGCGACUCUGAGUCUCUGGAUAUGGCCCCCAGCGACACUGAACGGACUGAGGGGGCCGAGCGGUCUCCUCACCAAACCACGGUCAUCAAGACCUCGGUGGCCGGCGCACUCCUCCCCGCCAGCAGCGCGGGCAGCGGCAGUUUCAGCUUCAGCGGCCACGCAGGCGGCAGCACCAGCGCGGGCAGCCUAAGUGGCGCGGCCUUGGAGUUGCUCCCUGCGCCCCAGCCUCCCCUCAGCAGCGCUCCCAAAAGCCCCGAGCCGGCUCAGCCACCGAUCGGAGGCCUAUAGACUGGAAGAAGGCGGAGGCGACUGGGUCCUGCGUGCAGAGACGCCAAACCUUCCAGCGUAGCUGGAUCUCGUGCCUGCUUUCUGGCGGCGUCCCGGACAGGGCCAGCGACGCAGCGGUGGAGCCUCUUCCCCACAUCCGCACCUGCCCCUCGCUGGCCGCCUGGUACAGCCCACACUUCAGUGGCCUGCGGAGGCUCAGUGGCCUGGGGAGGCUCGGUGCCCCAGCUGGACGGACACUUCCCUGGGAUACAAGCAGCGCACACUCUGAAGUGUGACUCCGCAGUUCCUUCCCCGCUCUAGGGGUCGCAAAGACGUGCUGCACUUAGGAUGCCACAAACUUGUAAAUAAAAUGUUUACUACGGUUUGUAAAGAAA